GCGCGCGCUGCGCAGUGGGGCGCGCGGGGCAUCGGUCGAGAUGGGGAACGCGAUGACCGCCAUGAAGAAGGCGUUCGACGACAUGUUCGGCAACAAGGAGAUGAGGGUUGUCAUGCUUGGACUGGACGCCGCGGGAAAGACGACGAUCCUCUACAAGCUUCACAUAGGGGAGGUGCUGAGCACGGUGCCCACGCUGGGUUUCAACGUGGAGAAGGUGCAGUACAAGAACGUGGUGUUCACGGUGUGGGACGUGGGCGGGCAGGAGAAGCUCCGCCCGCUGUGGCGCCACUACUUCAACAACACCGACGCUCUGAUCUUCGUCGUCGACUCGCUCGACCGAGAUCGCAUCCAGCGCGCUAAAGACGAGUUCAACAGCAUCAUCAACGAUCCGUUCAUGAAAAACAGCGCCAUCCUGGUGUUUGCCAACAAACAGGACAUGCGGGGCGCCCUGACCGCCGCGGAGAUCGCCGAGGGGCUCGGCCUGUCGGAGUUGAGGGGCCGACGAUGGCACUGCCAGAGCGCCGUCGCCACGCAAGGCCUGGGCCUGUACGAGGGUUUGGACUGGCUCAGCGGCACGCUCAAGUCGAUGCAGUCGCGGGGUUUACGGACGAGCGUGGGGACGUCGGGGGCGAAGGGCACCAACUUCUCCGCGGCGGGGGUCAAAAAGUCCGUCAUGUCGUUCUUCUGACGUAUGUAGAUGUACUUUUAACGAAGAAGGUGACGCGGCUCGAUUCGAUCGAGGGCGAAG